AUGGCUCGGCCGAGAGACUCGCGCUCACCAAGUCCUGCAGGCAGCACCCACAGUUCUCGCCGUCGCCGCAAUGAUGAUCGUCGAGCUAGGGAUCGGCGCAACGAUGGACGGGACCAUCGGCGACGUAGCAGAUCACGCAGUCCAGAUCCCAGAAACCGCGACCGCGAAAGAGAUCGAGACCAUGGGCGAGAUCGAGAUUAUUAUCGACGGAGAGACCGCUCUAUAGACCUGCGCGACGACAAUUAUUACCGGGGUGGACGACGAGACCAUCGCGAAAGAGAUCGGAGGAGAUCCCGAGAACGCUACGAUGGUCGCAAUCGAUCACCAGAUAGGCGACAUAACCACAGCAGAGAAGGUGAUCGGGAUGUGAGAAGGCGAGACGACUCCCGCAACCGCACCCCUGGGCGCCGUGAGGGUACGGCUGACUCCCUUACUCGCAGCAUUCGUGAAGACGGCAGAACACAGAAGAUCUCACUUGGCGGCAGUGGGAAACCUGAUACUGAGGAGACUCCCAAGGCAGAUUCCGGACAGCCGGAGGUCGACAAGAAGGCUGAAAGAUUAGCCAAACUUGAAGCAUGGAAGAAGAAGAAAGAGAAUGCCAGCCAGAAACAAAAAGAAGUAAAUCCAAGCCAGACAAGGAACCUCUUGGCUGAAAUGGACAAGAAAGCGAGUGGGACGUCCUCAAAAACAGUCUCUCCAUCAGUUUCUGCAACUGCUUCGCCGGCUGCAACACCGACUGUUGCUUCACCUGUCGUCCCAUACUCUGGCAAGUUUGACCCUAAGGCCAUCGCAAAGAAGUCGGCAGCUUCCCGGGCACACGAAGGCGUAAAACCAGCCUUGGGCUCUCUGGGGGGGCAGCCCGAAAAGCUCCCGGUCCCUGCUAAGCCCUCAGUGCCUCUAAAACCGUCUAUCAGCGCAUCAGCUCUCCCUGCGAAUCGAACAAAAGCUAGUGGGUUUGGAUUCGUGAAGAAUAACGCAGAAACUGACAAGCUCCCCGCCAAACGGAAGCUUGAUUUGGAUGAAGAAGACACUACUAAACGAAAACUUACUAAACUUCCUGCCCUGCCCAUCGAAGCUGAUGACACUCCAUAUGCCGAUCAAGAUGAUGAUGAAUCUGAUGGGGACAACUUCGCGGAGACUGAAGAGGAGGCCGCCGCCGCCGCCCGUGCAGCUCACGAGAGACGGUUGCAAGCAGAGAAUCAAAUGGAUACGGGCGAGGAAGAGUCAAAGACGACCGAAACCCAGAUCAAUGGAGAUACCAUGUCAAACAACACCGCUGAACCCGACACCACCAUACAUAUGGAAGUUGACGAGGAGGAGGAUGACGUUGAUCCACUGGAUGCAUUCAUGGCUGAUCUCAGGCAGACAGACGUGAAACAGCCGGCUAGGACAUCCAAAGCGCAAAAGAUCCAGGAGCCGGAGGCUUACUUCAGCGAUGAUGAAUAUGAUUUCAAUAAGAAGGACACGGGUGACGCAAACGCCUUACUAGCUAUGGCUGCGAAGCGAAAGAAGAAAGACAUUCCAGUGAUUGAUUACAGCAAGAUCGAAAUUGAACCUAUUCGCAAAAACUUCUGGGUCGAGCCUGCUGAACUCAGCCAACUCACAGAGGCCGAGGUAGCUGAUCUUCGCCUGGAACUUGACGGCAUCAAGGUCAACGGAAAGGAUGUUCCCAAGCCUGUUCAGAAAUGGGCGCAAUGUGGUCUGACGCGACAAACACUCGACGUCAUUGAUAACUUGGGCUUUGAGAAACCUACCCCCAUCCAGAUGCAGGCUCUUCCUGCUCUCAUGUCAGGCCGCGAUGUCAUCGGCGUGGCUAAGACUGGUUCGGGAAAGACAAUGGCUUUCUUGCUUCCCAUGUUCCGGCACAUUAAGGACCAGCCUCCACUGAAAGAUACAGAUGGUCCUAUCGGAUUGAUCAUGACUCCAACACGAGAACUUGCCGUCCAGAUUCAUCGAGACUGUAAACCUUUUCUCAAGAUGAUGGGUCUUCGAUCUGUCUGUGCUUACGGUGGAGCGCCCAUCCGAGAUCAGAUUGCUGAACUCAAACGUGGCGCGGAGAUCAUUGUGUGUACACCUGGUCGAAUGAUCGAUCUUCUAGCUGCGAACCAAGGGCGGGUCACUAAUCUCAAGCGAGUCACAUAUGUUGUUCUUGAUGAAGCCGAUCGAAUGUUCGAUAUGGGCUUCGAGCCUCAGGUCAUGAAGAUCUUCGCAAAUAUGCGACCUGACAGGCAGACUAUCCUCUUCUCGGCUACGAUGCCUCGCAUCAUCGACUCGCUGACCAAGAAGGUACUCAAUAAUCCUAUCGAAGUUACAGUGGGCGGUCGUAGUGUUGUGGCAAAGGAGAUUGAUCAGAUCGUUGAAGUUCGAGAUGAGCCAUCCAAGUUCCUGCGUGUUCUCGAACUGCUUGGAGAGCUCUAUGACCGUGAUGAAGAUGCCCGCACCCUCAUUUUCGUGGAACGUCAAGAAAAGGCCGACGAUUUAUUGAAAGAGCUUAUGAUCAAGGGUUACCCCUGCAUGUCCAUUCAUGGAGGUAAAGAUCAGAUUGAUCGUGAUUCUACCAUCUCAGACUUCAAGAAGGGUGUAGUGCCUAUCUUGAUCGCUACUUCGGUGGCAGCUCGUGGUCUUGAUGUCAAGCAACUCAAGCUCGUUAUUAACUACGACGCACCGAACCACUUGGAGGAUUAUGUUCAUCGUGCUGGCCGAACUGGUCGUGCUGGCAAUACCGGUGUCGCUGUCACAUUCGUCACACCAGAGCAGGAGAACUGCUCUGUUGGCAUUGCCAAGGCUCUUGAACAGAGUGGGCAGCCAGUGCCAGAAAGGCUGGACGAGAUGAGGAAAGCUCACCGUGAAAAGGUCAAAUCUGGCAAGGCCAAAGAUACUUCUGGCUUUGGCGGCAAGGGUCUCGAUCGUCUUGAUCAGGAACGAGAGGCUGCCCGUCUCCGCGAGCGCAAGACCCACAAGGCCGAGGGCGAGGAGGAGGAGGUCAAAGAAGAUAAGAAGGAAGAGGAGGACGACAAGGCAGAGAAGGCUCUCAGUGCAAUCCGCGCAGCAGCAUCAGGCGUUCAAGCCCGCGAGUCAGCAAAGGCUGAUGGCACAGAAGUCAAGCCUACUCAACAGGCAACCAUUACUGGUGGAGUGAAAGACAAGUCCAAAGACCCGCUUGACAAGGUCAGUUCAGCCGUGUCCGCCAUCAACAGCCGCCUCGGAAAGGCUGGCCAACUUCGUGCUGGUCAGCCCAUCGACAACAAGGGCCCAGACGCUGGUGCGUUCCAUGCCACAUUGGAAAUCAACGAUUUCCCUCAAAAGGCCAGAUGGGCUGUCACCAACCGAACCAAUGUCGCCAAGAUCCUGGAAGCUACAGGCACAUCGAUCACAACAAAGGGCAACUUUUACCCACCAGGCAAAGAGGUUCCCGCAGGAGCCGAACCAAAACUGUAUAUUCUCAUCGAAGGCGAUACGGAGGUUGUUGUUGGAUCCGCUCUCAGCGAACUCACACGCCUAUUAAGAGAAGGAACAAUAGCUGCUGCAGAUGCUGACAGUCGAGCACCAGCUAGUGGACGAUAUACAAUUACCUAG